AUGAAAUCAAUCAAUGAUAUACAAGUUUCAGAAUUUCUUCUCCUGAGAUUUUCAGAGGCAGCAGAACUGCAGCCCCUCAUAUUAGGGCUUUUCCUCACCAUGUAUCUGAUCACUGUGUUUGGAAACCUGCUCAUCAUCCAGGUCAUCAGCUCAGACUCCCACCUCCACACUCCUAUGUACUUCUUCCUCUCCAACCUGUCCUUUGCUGACAUCUGUUUCACCUCCACCACUAUCCCAAAGAUGCUGGUGAACAUCCAGACAGAAAGCAAAGCCAUAACUUAUGAAGGUUGCAUUACCCAGGUGUAUUUUUUCACACUGUUUGGAGGGUUGGACAGCUUCCUCCUGACCGUCAUGGCCUAUGACCGCUUUGUGGCCAUCUGCCACCCGCUGUACUACAGAGUCAUCGUGAAUCCCCGGCUGUGUGGGCUGCUAGUUCUGGUCUCCUGGAUCAUCAGUGUUCUGUAUUCCUUAAUACAAAGCUUAAUGUUGUUACGGCUGUCCUUCUGUACAAAUGUAGAAAUCCCACACUAUUUCUGUGAGCUCAAUCAGAUGAUCAAAAUGGCCUGUUCUGACACCUUUCUCAACAAUAUGGUGAUAUAUUUUGAAUCUAUCUUCGUGGGAGGUGGUUCCCUCUUUGGUAUCCUUUUCUCUUACUCUAAGAUAGUUUCCUCCAUAUGUAGAAUCUCAUCCACUCAAGGUAAAUAUAAAGCAUUUUUCACCUGUGCAUCUCACCUCUCAGUUGUCUCCUUAUUUUAUUGUACAAGCAUUGGAGUGUACCUUAGCUCUGCUGCUCCCCACAGCUCACGCUCAAGUGCAAUAUCCUCUGUGAUAUACACAGUGGUCACACCCAUGCUGAACCCCUUCAUCUACAGCCUGAGGAACAAAGACAUAAAGGUGGCUUUGACAACAUUCAUUGUAAAGAAAACUGCAAAAAGGCAAUUGUCCUAA